AUGAUCUUCGGCAAGAAGGCGCUCGAAGACAGGAACCCGGCGGGCAUGAAGCGGCUGUCGGAGGACGACGCGCCGGAGAUGUACCCCGCGACCACGACCGAGUUCGCCGACCCCGUGGAGUCCGACGACAGCACGAUGGCGGUGCUGCGCCCGAUGCUGGCGCGCACGCAGCUGGAGAGGCGGCCCCUGCGGCUCGCGUUCGACUCCGAGGAGCACGGGUGGAGCGCGCGGGAGUUCCACGCCCGCGUGGACACGUUUGGCGCAGGCAUCGUGCUGGCAGAGACGCAGGGCGGGGCUGUGUGCGGCGGGUAUAAUCCGCGCGGAUGGGUCGGGCUGGGCGAGGACCGGGACGCGAUCGCGGCGUUCCUCUUCACGUGGCCCGACGGCGACACCAGCAAGCCCGCGAUCAAGUUGCCGAAGGUCGGGGGGCCGAGCAUGGCUGUCGUGGACAAGCCGGACAGCGGCCCGCAGUUCGGCGCGGAGGGUCUGACCAUCCCGCUGACGCCCGGGAAGGAGCGCGUCGCGAGGAGUAGGCUCGGGACGUUCUACAGCCGCAUCGACGCGAGCAAGAAGCGCGACCUGUUCGCUCCGGACGAGGACUGGAAAGGUACCACCCUGACUCGACUCCGGGUGUAUGUCGGGGCGGGCAAGGGCGAGGAGUGGGAGCUCGACGGCAUCGUAUGGAAGAGCAAGGUCGACGAGUGA